AUGUUUUUUGUUGCAGCCAAUUUCCCUGAACAUGUUGUGGACAAUCUUCCCGCCGACUUAACUACUGGAAUAUACUAUGGGUGGGGCUGUGUUGGUGAUGGGGAGGUUCACAAAAUGGUGAUGAGUAUUGGCUGGAAUCCUUUCUACAAGAACACCAAAAAAUCUGUGGAAACCCAUAUAAUUCAUCGGUUUGAGGAGGACUUUUACGGUGAAAUACUUAGUAUAGUUAUCGUGGGCUACAUCAGGCCAGAAAAAAGUUUUGAUUCAUUAGACGCCCUUAUUGCUGCAAUUCACAGUGAUAUCGAAGAAGCCAAAAAUCAGCUGGACCUGCCAGAAUUCCGAAAGCUGAAAGACAAAUACUUCAACAACUCUCUUAAAAUAAUGAAUGGGCAUUGA